AUGGUCCGGGUGGGGAUGCAAUGGACUUCGGUGCAUCGCGGCUCCAUUGAAGUCUUCCUCACUUCCCCCAGUGGUCAGGUAGCCAAUCUACUGAUGGUACGAUUCCGCGAUCAUUACAAUGGACUCAGUCAGAUGAUUUGGAAGAGUCUGAUUCACACGGGCGAGAGCUGCCAUGGCAAGUGGAUUGUGACGGUCCGAGACACCGGCCAACGGGCGUGGCCAUUGCGAUCGUCAAGAGGAAAACCCAGUGGAUCGGUUCUAUUCAUUGGCAUGGAAAUGGUUGGAACAAGUCGAAACGAAAGCGCUUUUGAUCGAAAUAAGGAAGAAAUUGUCAAAAACUGGCAUCAAAUUCAAAUAGUCGCGCAGGACCUAAAUCGUGCGGUCCAACUGGAUCGUCGGCAAAUCGCUAAUCUUUACAAUUGGAAACGCUGGUGCAUGCUGAAGGAGAACAUGGAAGACUGA